AUGCCGCAAAGACAAGAAGAAAGUAAUGUCACCUACCGCUUGGCUCUUAUUUUACAUCCAUCGAAUAAUUCGUGUUAUUUGCUUUCAUGGUAUCUGACAACAGAUUUUCAACUCCAAAUUUGCGCACCAAUAUUACUGAUACCAUUAGUUUUGAAACCCAUGUUGGGUUAUAUUACAGCUAGCUUAAUUAUACUGUUUUCAACUGCUGCAAAUUGGGUGACAGUGUACAAGGAAUACUUCCUACCAACGAAUUUCUACAUGGAUAUCAUGGAUGCUAGAAUGAGUUCAUACAUAAGUCAUUCAUUUUUGAUUUGUCAAGCACCUUGGAUCCGUUUUCAGCUAACAAAUAUUAUUUGCUGGAGUAUUUCUGAAGUAUUUGUGCUCGCUGGAACUGAAAUCGAUCAUAUGUUAAAUGGACAAUUGUAUGAUUUAAAUGUUAUUCAUCAUCAACUGUUGCAUCAAAAUUUAUUGCUCAGCUUCAAUCAUUAA